AUAGAAGCUACACAGUGACGCGCCACGCGUGUUCUAAACGACUGACAACAAACCAAAACCCUGAAGAGUUUCUGUUCUGCGUUCAGAAUUUAAUAUUUAGGUCAAUCUUUGCUGAAAUAACUGAAAUUACUAAACCAGCUAAAGCUGUUGGACGCUCGUGGCGCCUGUCAGGGGUUUAUUUCUGUCUGUUUUAAAGGAGAAGGGAACUGUAGGGUAGUUUAUUCAUUAAUUUAAGGGGGUAAAAGGUCAUUUAGCAUGCUAACCUAACUAGUGAACAUUGUGAGUGCUCUAAAUGAGACACACUGUUCAAUACAACAGCAUUACAAACUAGAACAGAGGCACAAAAGACCUUAAACAAUCUGUAUUGUUCGCUAUUUCAGGUGGCAGCUCAGUGUUCUGGCUAAUAGUAGCUAGUGAACAACAUGUCAGUGGAGCAGAGCUGCUGUAUUGUCAGUGUUUCAGAGAGCAGCUCCAGACAGGAGCAGCAGAAUCCACUGAGCUGCAGUGGAGUUAUUUUAAACGAUAAGUCCGGCAUAGUGUUGUGCAGUGGAACAGUGUUUUCUCCUUUUUUAAUUGACAAGGAAUGCAUUAAUCAAAAUGUAUCAAUUCUGUAUGCUAGCAGCUUUAAAAACAGCAUGCGAGUUUCUGUAGGCCGAGCAGAUGUGAUAGCAAACACGACUGUAAAGAAUGAACACCCCAGACUGCACCAAACUGCUGAGCUUCUGAUGAUGGUGAACUGCGUAGAGUUUCAAAAAGCUUUCCAAAAAAUCUUCAUAGAAGCAGAAAAGUGGAACUUCUACAGUGGUGGAGAUGAAGAUGCUGACAUUCUCAUUGACUCAGUUUUUCUAAGCUGGUUUGCUGUUCUGAAAAUGUCCGGCUUGCCUACAUCUACACUAGAUGAUACCAUACCCUGGAUCAAGAGUUCUUCCCUCAGAAAGGGGCAUUCAGUCCUUGCCUGUGGAUCUCCUUUUGGUUCCUUUUGUCCAGAUCUUUUCAUGAGCACUCUAAGCAAAGGCAUUGUGAGUAAUCUGGCCGGAGAAGAAAAUGCAUUGAUAUUGACCGAUGCCCGCUGUCUGCCUGGCACAGAAGGAGGAGGCCUCUUUGUCAGUGAUGGAGACACACCACAUCUUGUAGGUCUCAUCACUUCCCCACUAUGCUGGAAGUCAAAUGAAUGGAUUGGGCUGGCAUUGGUGUGCUCUUUUCACUUAAUUUUGAAACGCAUACUACAGGCUGUAACUUCUCAUCAAUCACUGAGAGACAUCUCAACACAUUCAUCCACUCACAUCCAUCAAGUAUCUUCCAGUUCAAGUCUAAAGCUAUGCAAUGGGAAUUUCCUCACAGUGGUUUUAGUUGACAGUGGCCAGCUGUGGGGCUCUGGAAUUCUGUUGAACCCUCGUCUAGUUUUAACCUGCAGACAUGUGGUCGAUGGAAAAGCAUUUCUUCUUGUCAGAGUCAAUGUCAAUGAGAGGCUUCUUACAUUGAAAGGUCGGGUCCUCUUCUCUACAAAAGCAUCAUCUCCAUAUGACAUUGCUGUGGUGGAGCUCCAGGAGCCAUUUGCUGAUGUUGUGGUUCCACAGUUAGCUACACGAUUUCAGCCUGGUGAGGAUGUGGUUGUCUUGGGUUAUGGAGCUUUAGGUAAAACAUGUGGCCCCUCAAUGACUUCAGGGAUCCUGUCCAGAGUCAUCACAGCGAAAAGCAGGCCAGUGAUGUUACAGACCACAUGUGCAGUGCAGUGUGGAGCCAGUGGUGGGGCUGUUAUACGUGCCAACACUGGGGAGCUGUUAGGUAUCGUGUCCAGCAAUACAAGAGACUUUGCAGCAAAGGUUACGUAUCCCCACUUAAACUUCAGCAUCCCAGUGUCUGUUCUGGAGCCACUACUGGACGGGUUUGCAGAGACAGGAAAUGUUGCUGUGUUUCAGGCCUUGGACAGUGCAGAAGAUGAGGUUAGGAAAGUGUGGAGACUUCAGAUACCUCCAAGUAAACUGUGAAUGUUCACCCGGCUGUUUGCCUAAUGCCUAUAAUUACAUUCCCACUGCAACAUCCAUGGACAGACUGCUCUACUUUUGAAUGUUAAAGGUAAAAUCUGGAAGAACAGAAAGGAAAAGGAAAAUUGUUUCCCCCAUAAUUCUCUCCCCAAUUUUCAGUUCCCAUCAACUAGCCAGGUUAUCCCCGAUCACUCAAUACUACCUAUGGGAGGUGAAAUGCUAGCAUGUGUUUCCUCUGAGUCUACGAGACACCCGCUGACACACUUUCACUUAAAAGCCAAGAAAAACACUUGGAGAAGAGUGCUAACUGCUGCUAUUUCUUUACAUCCCCUAACACAAAUGACUAGCAUCACGCUGAGGGAUUGGUGGGGGUAUGGGGAGGUGGAGAUGACAUCCCACCCACCCAGAGAGAGAGCAAGGGCACUUAUGCUCUCUGGGACUCCUGGCCAUGAAUGACUGUGCCAUCACAUGGAUCAAACUGCAGCCAAGCACUCACAUAGUGGCACCAUUUUGAAGCCCUGAAAAAUACAUUCCAAGUUAUAAUCAAGUUAUUCUGACUUUCAAGUAAAUAUUUUAAAGGCUUUAAUUUAUACCUUUUGAUUAGGUAUAAAUUGAUCAUGAUGUUAUUUAAACAGAUUUGUAAAGAGACUAAUUUUAAGUAAUUUUAUAAUGAGAAGAAAAUACACCUGGGUUGCCUCAAGUAAUAGUUGGCCUAUAUUACAUGAAAAAAUUCUACUGUUCCUCUGUUUUGUCUGUUCUGUCUCCUCAUUUACCUUGUUGCUGCAUACGUACAUCAUCAUUGGCUAAAGAGAAAAUGAGUACAGGUGCUGACCCCACAUGUCUUUUUUUUUUUUAAUGACAGAUCAUUGAUGUGGGAUGUAAACAUGAGCAGUAAUAAUUUAGGGAAAUUCAUAAUAUUAUUAAAAAUUAAUUUAGUAUUGUUGCAGUUUGUGUGUUGCAUUUAUUAGCAAGUAUCAAAAUGAAUUUUAUAAUUAUAUGUAAUAUAAAUCAUAAAAAAUGUGCAGACACUAAAGAUAUUAUUAUUAUUAUUAUUAUUAUAAGUGCUGCCAGUUGCUUCUACACCCUGGUCCUGGAGGCAUCAUGCCCUGCAGAAUGGUUUAACAUUACCACACCACUUCAGAGUUGCAGUGGGUAUAUUAUAGCAGGGAAACCAAUAAAAUGUGCAGGGCACAGUGCUCUAGGCCCAGGAUUGAGAAACAUUGAUCAAAGAAAAAUGCCUCUUCAUUGACAUCAUUCUUUAAUAUUAUUUCUGCUGUAAGUAACCGUUUUAACUGUCUGAAAUAUAAAGUAAAUAAUAAGGAAGCCUUUACAGGGACAUUCUGCAAUGUUGCCUGGGGCAUUUCUCAGAGACUGAAGACACAGAACCUUUAUUAUUAUAACUGCUGUUUUGGAUGACUUACUUUUAUUAGUCAGUUAAACAGCUUUGACCUCAAACACAGUCUAUUUUUAACUGGCUGAACUGUUUAUAAUCUUGAACGAAAGUCAUAAUAAAGGCUUGCAAGUGGAGACACUGUGUCAUAUUUUCCUGUGCACUGUCUGCACUGUUUCUUGGCCUCUGUCUUCAUGUUGUAACUGUGCCUCAUUAAAAGUUUACAAUUGCUCCAAA